AUGGGUAUUUGGGCCGAGGCAGUUGCACCAGCUAGCGUCUCCGGGCUUCCCCAACGCGUCCCUGCUUCUCUUGGGACCGUGUCAGUGAGGAAAGCCCUCAGGACUUGGGGCCGUUGCUCACACGUGGGUGCCAAAAGCGUCAGAACCACACCAAGAACAAGUGCCCACCAGAGAGCCCAGGCCAAGGCCAUUUUCAAACCGACGCCCACGCCCGCAGAGCGGUCCCAGCGAACAGCAGGUGUCACCCUUCUGCUUCCAAACUCCAACUGUUUUCAGGUGCGCGCCUCUCCAAACUUGUGUUCAGAGCUGCCGGCCCGCGGGGUGGCUGGGCCCUUCUGCCGCUGCACGGCGCGCUCCUGUGUGGUGCGGGGUUGCGGCUUCCCAGCGCGCUCCCCCGGGGGAUGUGGGCCGUUUUUCAGGGCGCGGGGGAGGCGCCGCUGGGGCAGAGGCGCUCGGACCAUGGCUGCGGCCCCCGCUCCGGCCCGGGUCCCCGCGCGCCGGCAGUACAGCGUGCAACUGCGCUUCGUGACCGAGGAGCAGCUCUUCCGGCCCGGGCAGUUAUGGUCUCCCAGCCCGAAAUCUCUGCGGCUGGAGGUGCACCCAGCAGGGGAGGAGGCGGACGCGACGGUGACUGACGCUGAUGGCGUCUGUGUCUUUAAAUGCUUACUCAACAAAGACACUGAAUGUUGCCGCGUGGGGAAGGAGUCCAUCUUGAUUACUCUGGGAUGCAGCAGUGCUUUGCUGAAGUUUGAGUCUCAUGCUGAAUUCAGUGCAUUUUCAAAUACCUUGAAAAGAUGCCGGAAUCAGAAAAAGGAGUACUCGGUGUUCAGCCAGCGGACAGAAGAAGCGUCUGCUGCACAAUACUUCCAGUUUUAUGGCUGCAUUUCCCAGCAGCAGAACAUGAUGCAAGAUUUUGUGAGGACAGCCACGUACCACAGAGCCAUCCUCCAGAACCACAUUGACUUUAGAGACAAGGUUGUGCUAGAUGUUGGUUGUGGAUCAGGAAUACUGUCAUUUUUUGCUGUACAGGCUGGAGCUAGCAGAGUUUAUGCAGUUGAAGCCAGUUCAGUAGCACAAUAUGCUGAGGUGCUAGUGAAAAAGAACCACCUUUCAGACAAGAUCAUUGUUUUGCCAGGAAAAAUUGAAGAAAUCUCACUUCCUGAGGCUGUAGAUGUGAUCAUUUCUGAACCAAUGGGAUACAUGCUGUUCAAUGAAAGGAUGCUGGAGAGUUACCUUCAUUCCAAAAAAUGGCUAAAAUCAAAUGGAAUGAUGUUCCCGACAUUCAGCGACCUUCAUCUGGCUCCCUUUUCUGAUGAACAGCUCUACGUGGAACACUUCUCCAGAGCCAACUUUUGGUACCAGCAGUGCUUCUAUGGGGUCAACCUGUCCAGUCUCCAGGGUGCGGCAGUGGACGAAUACUUCAGACAGCCAAUAGUAGACACAUUUGACGUUAGGAUUUUGAUGGCUCAGACUGUCAAAUACACAAUAAACUUCAUGGAUGCAGAAGAGGAAGAUCUGCACAGAGUAGAAAUCCCCUUUGUGUUUCAGAUGGCGCAGUCUGGCCUCGUCCACGGCCUGGCGUUCUGGUUUGACGUGGCCUUUGUUGGAUCUCGGGUAACAGUUUGGCUGUCGACAGCCCCAACCGAGCCUCUGACUCAUUGGUAUCAGGUGCGGUGCCUCCUGCAGACUCCUCUUUUUGCCAAGGAAGGGGAGACUCUCUCAGGGAAAGUCCUGUUUGUAGCCAAUAAGCGACAGAGCUAUGACAUUCAGAUCGUGGCGCUGGUGAACCAAACGGGCUUCAGAUCUGAGAGCGUCCUCGACUUAAAGAAUCCAUUCUUUAGGUUUUCUUAGAAGACAGUAACAAGCCAAGCAGUAAGUAAAAUGAAGGCCUGUGAAGUUCAUCGACAGUCAAGGUCA